AUGUUCGGAGCACCACCCCAGCCAUCCAAGCAGGAGCUUGAGCGCGCCGAGGCGCAGACCAUGCUGGACAUCAAGUGGACAGCUGCGUCAGCUGUUGUGCUCUACCUCUCGCCUUUCCUCGUCGAUUACGUCUACAAGCUCAUCUAA